GUAAUCCCCACCACUCGGCGUUCACCAACGAGUAAGUAUCUAAAACUCAUACAAAUUAUUGGUCAAGCAGAAAAAAGAAUAAUGCUCCGACAGAUCUAAAGUGCCUUGUUUAAUAUGUUAGGAAUCUGAAGCAAAUAUGAAAACGAAGACAGCGAAAAUGACGCAAAAAAAUGCUCCCUAGGAUAAGCUAGAAGCACCCAAAGCUUAAGCUAAGAGUGUUACGUGAAUCACUGAAAACUGGAUUGUGACGUCAUAUGACUUCAUAGAACCUCCAUUUUGAAUUUUGAUCUCCUCAGUUACCCAGUUAACAACGACUUCAACAUACUGAAAUAUUUAUUUUAGCAUUUUAUUCUUAAAAUAAUACAUUUGAGAAAUAAGUUAUACCUGUAAUUAAGGCGAUAAUUACACGAGACGAUUUACAACGACGAUUUCGUGGAUUCGUAAUAUUUUUUCUUGUUUAUCACUCUUUUACUCCCUAGGACCCAGGUUUGCCUUUACUAUUUCAUGCUUCCCCUCUGCCAUGGUGGCUCACAUAUCACGUGACAGUUUGCCCUUGGGAUCGGAUCCCCGUCUACUUCAUCUUAACGAUCCCAGCUGUGGUGUGAAUUAUUUGACCAAGAAGAGUGUUAUAAUAAAGGCUCCUCUGAAAGGCUGCGGAACAGUUCGAAGGUAAAAAUGAACUCUGAAAAUACGGAUCAAUAACGUAAUUAUUGGUAAUUAGUGAGCAACAAGUCCCCUUUUGAUUUCAGCGCUGUUAAAUAUAUUAUAUGUCAAAAAAAUCUUAUUUUGUUAGAUGUAGACAUGACAGUGGACAUGACAGUUUAAUAACCUGCUACACAACUGGCAAAAACACUCUGAAGCUUCCGGAGAUUUUUUGCCCUAAAAUGAAGUUUAUAUUUUCCAAACGUUUUAGGAACUUUGAUUUUACGUACGGGUCAGCCUAGUUUUGAGAGAAAUACAUUUGUUAUUUUUAACACGGAUUCCUGUUAACAACUAUGGAGCUCUGAAUUUUUAUCUUGCAUGUUUGACCAGGAACAUCGGGUACAGAGUAUUCUUCCAUAACAAGGUGGUGGUACCCUUUGGAUAUGGAAACAAGAGAUCUUUGUCCGUGUUUCCGUUCAAGUGUGUUUACAGUCAUUUUGGCUUUCCUUGAGAAGUGUUUCAAGCUACUCCAUAAUCACAACUAAGGUAAGAAAUGAUGGAUGCACUGUGAUUUUGCCAAUUAUUAAGCGUACUCUUUCAGUGUGCUCGGUUUUCACCUUAACUUGUUGAAGUGCAAUUAAUUCAUAGAGAACAAAGGAAGUCAAUUCCUUAAAGUAAGUUAACAAAUGAUAAUCAAUUUAGUUACCAUAGCUUUAAAUUUCUUUAAGGAUUGUUACCACAAUGGCUUCAGCGAAGCUACAGAGAUUUUAUCACCCUCUUGAAAGGAAAACCGCGCGAAAACGAAAACUCCGAUUCUGCCAUCCUUGA